AAAGCGGAAGUCGUUGUGUGGGACACGGGACAAUGAACCCUGCUAAUCUCGUCUUAAUGUUGUGAUAAAAGUUUCCCCACGUUCUGUCGCGUCUCUACACAGGGCUCACUGAGGUGUAGACAUGGAAGUGCCUUGCUACCUGCCCAAACUGCUGUUUGAGCUCAAUGAGCAGCGUAAGCGGGACUUCUUCUGUGACUGCAGCAUCCUUGUGGAAGGCCGUGUGUUCAAGGCCCAUCGUAAUGUGUUGUUUGCUGGGAGCGGCUAUUUCCGGGCGCUUCUGGUCCACUAUCUGCAGGAUAGUGGCCAGCGCUACAGCACUGCAUCGCUGGACAUCGUGACAGCUGAUGCCUUCUCCAUUAUCCUGGACUUCCUGUACUCUGGCCGCUUGGCUCUGAACAGAAGCAACGUCAUAGAGGUGAUGUCAGCAGGCAGCUACCUGCAGAUGACCGAUCUGGUGAACUUCUGCAAGGGAUACAUCCGCUCAUCGCUGGAAAUAUGCAACAAGGAGAAGGAGAGGAACACGGAGAAGGAGAACAGGGGACCGGGUGGGGGGACGGGUCCUGCAGACAGCGGCACUCCUGCUGUGGCGGUCUCCAGUGGUGGUGCAGGAGCUGCAGAGCCUCAUUCACAAGCUGCAGAGGCAGAUAGAGGGUCGGGUUUAGGUCCAGAGUCUGUGAACUCUGCUAGAAGCGCCUUGUCUAUCCCGGUCCCCACUACUCCAGGCACCAGCAGGGACAUGGACAGCGACUAUCACUCCAGGGAGGAAUUUGCUUCGGAGAGUGAAGGACAGAAGGGACACAUGGAUCAGACUAACCUCUCGUCCUCUUCAUCGUCCGCUUUGACUCCAGAGUUGGUGAACCCCAAGAUAGAGUACGACCCCGACGAGGAGCUGAUGGAGUCCCCCGACACCAAAGACCUGGCUUCAUAUUCUGGGUCCUCCCUCCAUAACCCUCAUCACAGCAGACUGCUUCCUCCCUCUCCCUCCAAUGAGCGCUCUCCUUUGGGAUACAGCCCGUCCUUUAGUGCCAGGCAGCUGAUGGAGAUGCUGGCCAGAGGUGAAGGUCCCAGUCCUCUGGGGGACCGAGUGGGGCAGCGCUUCACCCAGGGACUAGGGAGCAGCACAGGAGGGGGACGGAUGGACGAAAGUUUAGGGUUUGUGGGGUCGUCUAUCAUGGAGAUCCAGUCUGAUUGGCUCGGAGAGGACACAGGUGAUAGUUUGGUAGUGCCGGUGAAACUCCACAAGUGUCCAUUCUGUCCGUACACCGCCAAGCAGAAGGGAAUCAUGAAGAGACACAUCCGCUGCCACACAGGAGAGAGACCCUUCCCCUGUCCCAUGUGUGGGAAGAGGUUCACCAGACAGGAGCACCUCCGCAGCCACGCCCUCAGUGUCCAUAGACACUACUGGCCCGUAUCCUGUAAGAGCUGCAGGAGGACCUUCACCGGCUCCAGCGUCUCACCGGGACUCCGGCGCUUCGGCAUCUGCGACAGCUGCAACUGCGUGACCACCACUCAUGAUGACUCCGCCUCCGGUCACCCCGCCGGCCAAUCAGAGCCCAUGGAGCGUGCAGACGGGGGCACGGAUUGGUCCAGUUUUAUGGACGAUGUAGACGAGGUGGAGGUGGGCAGAGUGGAGGACUUGGUGGAGAAACAGAUGCUGGAAAGGCAGCUGGCUGUCUGCACCGACGUAGGCAACACAGUCAACCUGUAGCCUGCUGCACCUGGAGGAGACAACCAUUCCUUUAACCCAGGGGUGUCAAACUCAAAUACACAAUGGGCCAAAAUGUAAAACUUGAAUAAAAUGGCGGGCCAACAUUGAACAAAUAAACCUUUUAAUAUAUACCAAACAUGUUUUGCUUUAACAUUAAAUAUGGAACCAGCAACGCUUAUAAACAUACAAUAUAUAACUAAAUAGUGCAGACAUGCAAAAUCUAAUUUCAAAUAAAAAACACAUCAAUGUCAUUAAUUUAUUAAAUAAAAAUUAAAUAAAAAUCGUAUGCCUCUUUUCUAUUUGCAUCCUUCUGAUUUAAAUAUGAAAAUAAACUUUUUCAACAGGUUAAUACAUUUAAAAAUAAAAUAACAAUAAUAAAUCUAAUAUUAGCGGUAAAUGCGCCGUAUAAUAGCGGCGGGUCAGCUUUUAUAGUACAAUAAUAAUAUAAUAAUUUGGUAUUGCCUCGCGGGCCAAAUAAAAUGACACUGCGGGCCAAAUUUGGCCCGCGGACCAGAGUUUGACACCCCUGCUUUAACUGUUUUACUCUUAACUCUACUGUGGCCACACACACUUAUUGAUGUUAAAUUAUGAAUAUAAUACGGCCUUAUUUAUUGACUCAUUUUAACCAGAAAAUGUGUCCUUUAAGGGCGUUUUCACACCUGAAAGUCCGAACCAAGGUCCGUACCAAGGUCCGCGUUCUGUUCCGUUGUCUACAUUUGGUCCUGUUGGUUUUGAUUUCACGCUGCAAAAGGAAUAACGGACUUUACAAGAUAAUUCUACUGGACACGUCAUCACCCUGUGGACUUCCGCGGCUCAUUUUGUUUUGGUUACGCUGCGUUGUUAGGCCGGCCUCAGCAGUGGCGGUUCUAGACCAGUUUUACUGUGGGGGCCAAGGAGGGGCCAGUGUUUAAUCAGAGGGGCAUAUUUAAAAACUGCAAUGAUGAUAUUUAAGCAUUUUAAACCUUUAUUUUAGCUUAUUUAAAAAUCUCAUUUAAGGAUAUUUGGAAGAUACAAAUACAUUGAUUGAAACAAUGAGACUAUGAGAUUAAGUUUAUGGAUCUAUAGUCUAGGGUCAGAGCAAGGAUAUAGUGGAGGCUCUGUGUCUUUUUUAUCUAUAUUUAGAAAUAUAUGCAAAAUACCAACUUUUAAGGUGAAAUUAAGCAUUAUUUGUGUUAUUUUUUAAGGCCGACAUAAAUAAUAUAUAUAUAUAUAUGCAUAAAAAAGACACUGAGCCUCCACUAUAUCCUUGCUCUGACCCUAGACUAUAGAUCCAGAAACUUAAUUUCCUCAUCUUGAUUGCCUACUUAGAAAAAAAACUAAGGGGAAAUGGUCCAAUGACUGUGCAAGAUGGGCAAUUGGCCAUUUGAUAUGCAAAUUAGAAGGUCAAAAACUCAAAAUUUCGCUUGGGAACCAUUUUUUUUGGACUCAGCACCCUUGAGAUCUGUAAGGUAGGCCGGUUCCUGACUUGUACCCAUAAAUGCUCCUCACUUCUUAUAGAAGGCCUUUAUUCUGAAAUCCGUCUGGACUAUGGAAAAAAAAGUUGUUUUCACACUGCAAAAGGUUCGGACCUUAGUUGGUUUGGUCCGGACCGAGACCUCCUCUUCUGGUCGGACCAAACUUUGGUCCUUUGGUUUUCACACCUGGAAUUUAUGUUGGGAUCAAACUGAAAAGUCCUAAAGUCCGGAGCAAACCAGACAGGUGUGAAAGCGCCCUGACUGUUUAUUUUAUGUUCCUGUGAUUUGCCUGGCAGCAAAUAGAUUCAGUGGUUUAAAAAAUGUUUUUAAGUCAGAAAUGAUAAUUUAUGAUAAUUUAAUUUAUCCUUUUUUCUUUGCACUGUUGCUCAAAUCCAAAUUUCUCUGUAUGUGCUGCACAUAAAGAGGACAUGCCUGUCAGACUUUACAAAUGAUAAACUAAGUAGCUGGUUAUAUGUUCUGUCCAAAAAGAUUGCAUUUCACAGAUGAAAAUGGCUUUGUGGUUUUAAUACCAUUGUGGUAAAUGUCACUAUGAAUGUGUUGUGUUAUUGGUGACAUAUUUCCUUUUAUCGCUCUCUGUCUUUUUAUGUGCUUUUCUACAUGUAAAUACUUGCUGAUCUUGUGAUAAAUGCACAUUUCCCUGUUGUUUUUCAUGGAUUUGCAUCAGAUGGGCAGCUUCAGGAUUAAAACCACCCUGUGGCUCCCUCUAGUGGAACUAAUGCUACACCGUAAAAAGUACUCUGUUGCAAGUGAGUCCUUCAUUGGAAGUGUUACUGAAGUAAAAGUUUGUAA